GUUACGGGCGGCCGCCGCGGCCUCGCAGCGGAGCCGUUUGGGCGGGAGCCGGCGAGGGAGCAGCGGCCGCAGGGUGCAUCGAGAAUAAUCAUCAGCCUUAACAAGGAUUGAUUGAGUGCUCCUCAUCCUCCUGGUUUGGUAUUCAUUGGAAAAAGCUUCAGCUGUCACGUUGGGGAGGUGAAGAGGUGAAUGAAGGUCCCUUUCAAGGGGGCAGCACUGGAAGAACCUUUAUGGGCUCCUAAUGACGUGCAGGUGGACGAUUGACCGAUGAUAAUUAAGGUCAACAUGGAUUUGUGGUUCUUUCUCCUUUUGCUUGGAAGUGGCCUGAUAAGUGUAGGUGCUAACAACAUGACAACAGAGCCAACCACAGCAGUGCCCACCUCCCCCAGGAGCUCCACCAAAGCUCCUACAGCAGGUCCUAAGGAUGGGACCACUCCCAACACAAACAGACUCAACAUGAGCACUCCAGGGACUGUUUCUACCACAGCACCAAAACCUCCUCCCACCACAGCUGCCAGGAUCUCCCCCAGUGCCACCACUGGCAGCCUCAACAUCUCCUCCACCCUGGGGACAACCGUGCCUGUGCCUCCAGCCCCAUCCCUGCUCCCCAGCGUGACGCCCUCGGCUCCACGCUCCACUGUCCCCAGCACGGAGGCGGAGACGACAGAGAGGAAUUUCAGCAUGGUGGUGACAACACAGGAGACCUCUUCUGCUUCCCACAAUGGUAACUCUGACAGAAGAGAUGAGACUCCCAUUAUAGCUGUGAUGGUGGCCCUGUCCUCCCUCCUAGUCAUAGUAUUUAUUAUUAUUGUUCUGUACAUGUUGAGGUUCAAGAAAUACAAGCAGGCAGGGAGCCAUUCCAACUCCUUCCGUCUGUCCAACGGCCGGACAGACGACACAGAGCCACAGAGCAUGCCCCUGCUCGCCCGCUCGCCCAGCACCAACCGCAAGUACCCCCCACUGCCCGUGGACAAGCUGGAGGAGGAGAUCAAUCGCCGCAUGGCCGAUGACAACAAGCUCUUUCGGGAGGAGUUCAACGCUCUCCCAGCGUGUCCCAUACAGGCCACGUGUGAAGCUGCUUCCAAGGAGGAGAACAAGGAGAAGAACAGAUAUGUGAACAUUUUGCCCUGUACGUCCAGGAGCGUGGGCUCCACUCCAACACCUGGAUUCUCACUGUGCCAGGUACCAGCAGAGUGGAGGGGGCUGUCUUUAAUGCAGAGUUUUAAUUUCCCUCCAGAUGAUCAUUCCAGGGUUCACCUGACUCCCGUGGAAGGGGUCCCCGACUCUGACUACAUCAACGCCUCCUUCAUUAAUGGGUACCAAGAGAAAAACAAGUUCAUUGCUGCACAAGGACCAAAGGAAGAAACAGUGAACGAUUUUUGGAGGAUGAUUUGGGAGCAAAACACAGCGACAAUUGUCAUGGUGACCAACCUGAAGGAGAGGAAAGAGUGUAAAUGUGCUCAGUACUGGCCAGAUCAGGGCUGCUGGACCUAUGGGAACAUCCGAGUGUCCGUGGAGGACGUGACCGUGCUGGUGGAUUACACCGUGCGCAAGUUCUGCAUCCAGCAGGUGGGAGAUGUCACAAACAAGAAGCCUCAGCGCCUGGUGACCCAGUUCCACUUCACCAGCUGGCCUGACUUCGGGGUGCCCUUCACCCCCAUCGGGAUGCUGAAAUUCCUGAAGAAGGUGAAGACCUGCAAUCCCCAAUAUGCAGGAGCCAUAGUGGUGCACUGCAGUGCUGGGGUGGGACGCACGGGCACUUUCAUCGUCAUCGAUGCCAUGCUGGACAUGAUGCACACGGAGAGGAAGGUGGAUGUUUACGGCUUCGUGAGCAGGAUCCGGGCUCAGCGCUGCCAGAUGGUACAGACAGAUAUGCAGUAUGUGUUCAUAUACCAAGCACUUCUGGAGCACUAUCUCUACGGUGACACAGAGCUGGAGGUGACCUCUUUAGAGAUCCACCUCCAGAAGAUCUACAACAAAGUGCCAGGGACCAGCAGCAACGGGCUGGAGGAAGAGUUCAAGAAGCUCACUUCAAUCAAAAUCCAGAAUGACAAGAUGAGAACAGGCAAUUUGCCAGCCAACAUGAAGAAGAACAGGGUGCUUCAAAUAAUUCCAUAUGAGUUCAACCGAGUAAUCAUUCCAGUGAAGAGAGGGGAAGAGAACACAGACUAUGUGAAUGCUUCCUUCAUUGAUGGUUAUCGCCAGAAGGAUUCCUACAUUGCCAGCCAAGGGCCACUGCAGCACACGAUAGAGGACUUCUGGAGGAUGAUCUGGGAGUGGAAAUCCUGCUCCAUAGUGAUGCUAACAGAGCUGGAGGAGAGAGGCCAGGAGAAGUGUGCCCAGUACUGGCCAUCCGACGGCUCCGUGUCCUACGGAGACAUCACGGUGGAGCUCAAGAAGGAGGAGGAGUGUGAGAGCUACACAGUGAGGGACCUGCUGGUGACCAACACCAGGGAAAACAAGAGCAGACAGAUCCGGCAGUUCCACUUCCACGGCUGGCCAGAAGUUGGGAUCCCCGGGGAUGGGAAGGGGAUGAUCAACAUCAUUGCAGCAGUACAGAAACAGCAGCAGCAGUCUGGCAACCACCCCAUCACUGUGCACUGCAGUGCUGGAGCAGGAAGAACGGGCACCUUCUGUGCACUGAGCACUGUCCUGGAGAGGGUGAAGGCAGAGGCAAUCCUCGAUGUCUUUCAGACAGUCAAGAGUUUAAGACUACAGAGGCCACACAUGGUGCAGACACUGGAACAGUACGAAUUCUGCUACAAGGUGGUGCAGGAAUACAUUGACGCCUUCUCAGACUACGCCAACUUCAAGUGAAGAAAAACAGGAACAAAAAUCCACACCCACCCCCCCCAAAACAAAUGACAGAAGAGUUGCCUUCUUUAAUAUUUUGUAAUAUUCUGUUUGUUAAUAUACCCCCCCAAACAAAAAAAAAAAACCUAUGUGUAUAUAUCUUAACUGUUUUAGAGGUUGGUACCAUAAGCUUCAUAUUAGCUGGAGAUUUUAUAUGUAGCAAAGUGUUAGUGCAGAUACUGUUGGCUCCUUUUUUUCCAAUGUUUUAUUGGGGAAUUAAAUAGCGUGAUGUUUGGAUUAAUAUUGUCAUACCAUCUCUCUUCUGGAGAGUUGAUACAGGCUGUUACUUUGUAAAUCUUUUUUUUUUUUCCUUGAGGGAGUAAAGCCUUUUUAAAAAAAAAAAAAAAAAAAAAAAAAAGAGAUAUCCUGGAUCUCAUCUGAAAACAAAACCCAAACUCCCCCUCCAACCCCACCAGCACGAGCUUUUCCAAAACUGCAGGGAAAUGGUUUCACAUUUUUCUGCUGGCUAGCUCUUAAAAAAAUAAGGAGAAGGGGAAAAAAAAAAGAAAAGAAGCUCAUUCUGUGUGUGUGUUUAUAUAUGAAUACCCUCAUUUUUGUACCAAAAUAUAAAAACUUCCUCCCUCCCCCUCAGGGUCAGGCCACCAUGUGCUGCUGGUUUGGAAACUGUAAUUGCCACACAGCAGCACCCAAAUGUUGGGAUUUUGACCCCGUAAAAAGCAAACCCCAGAAAAACAAAAGGAUUAUUGGUCCCUGAGGGGAAGGUCUGUGUGUUUGGAGCUGGAUUUUAGAGCAGGGGUUGGGGUUGGCCCUGUGGCCCUGAGCUGAUGACAGUGGCCUUGCCAUGCCUGCUGGUGCUCU